AUGUCCUACGCCCAUCUCGGGGCCCCGACCGUGUUUAACGGGACAGGCUCCAAUGGAGGCGAUCCCAGGACCGAAAAUCUGAACCAAUGGUAUCAGUCCGGAGACCAGGCCUUCAUUCUGGUGGCCGCCUGUAUGGUGCUUAUCAUGGUGCCUGGCGUUUCCUUCCUCUACUCGGGUCUCGCUCGCAGAAAAUCUGCCCUCUCCAUGCUCUGGGUCACGAUGAUGUCCUUUAGUGUCAUCGUCUUCCAAUGGUACUUUUGGGGCUACUCUCUGGCCUUCAGCGCGACCUCCAACAAUGGAUACAUCGGCAACCUCAACCACUUUGGGCUUCAGAGAGUCCUGGCCACACCCUCUAUUGGAUCCCCUCUCGUCCCCGCUCUCCUCUACUCCUUUUACCAGAUGAUGUUCUGCGCCGUUACUGCCUGCCUGACAGUUGGGGCCGUCGCCGAACGUGGCCGCGUCGUCCCGAGCAUGGUUUUCUGUUUCUUCUGGGCUACUUUAGUCUACUGCCCCAUGGCUUACUGGGUAUGGAACCCCAAUGGCUGGGCUUUCAAGAAUGGAGUCCUCGAUUAUGCUGGCGGUGUCCCUGUCGAGAUCGGUUCCGGUGUCUCGGCUCUCGCUUAUUCCUGGGUCCUUGGCCGCCGAAACGAAAAGAUGAUGAUGAACUUCCGACCCCACAACAUCUCUCUCAUCACCCUCGGCACCGUUCUUCUAUGGUUUGGAUGGCUGGGAUUCAACGGCGGAUCCGCCUUCGGAGCCAACCUUCGAGCCGUCAUGGCUUGCUGGAACUCAUGCCUCACGGCCAUGUUCGCAGCCAUGACUUGGUGUCUCCUUGAUUUCCGUCUCGCCAAGAAGUGGUCCAUGGUUGGCUGGUGUUCCGGAACCAUCUCUGGUCUUGUUGCUGCCACUCCUGCAUCUGGCUUCAUUACUCCCUGGGCUAGCAUCAUCUUGGGUGUUGUUGCUGGCGUCUGCUGCAACUUUAGCACCAAGAUCAAGUUCCUCAUCCGCAUCGACGACUCUCUCGACGUUUUCGCUGAACACGGCAUCGGUGGCAUGGUUGGCCUCAUCUUCAACGCUUUCUUCGCUAGCGGUAGCAUCAUUGGUCUCGACGGAGUCAACAGUGGCGCCAUUGGCGGCUUUCUCGACCACAACUACAAGCUCAUCGGAUGGCAGAUCGCUGCCAUCGUUACCGCUUCCGCCUAUGCCUUUGUCAUGUCUGCCGUCAUCGCCAAAAUCAUCGAUCUCAUUCCCGGUCUCAAGCUGCGCGCCUCUGAGGAAGCCGAACUUCUUGGCAUGGACGACGAUCAACACGGCGAGUUCUCAUACGAUUAUGUCGAAGUUCGACGUGACUUUUUGGCCUGGAGCCCCCACCGCGACGAGCCUGCCCACGAAAGCACAAUCUUGAUUGAGCCUACGCACGGCAUCCAGGAGCACGCGAAUAUGGCUCGCUCUGCUAGCCUGGCCGAGACUCAUAUGGAAGAGCCCAAAGCCGUAUCGUUGUCCGACGCUGGAAGAGACCGUCCAGAUAGCACCGAGGGCAGCCAGAGUAACGAGAAGCGUGACUAA